AUGGUGACUCCCGAAUUUAAGCGCGUUGAGCACUACAUUUGGGGACUGGCCCCAGAGUUUCGCGGCAUGGUAACUUCAGCCAAACCCCAAACAAUUACUGAGGCUGUAACUCUGGCUGUCAGCCUUACUGAAGAUUGUGUUCGUAUGAAGAAGUUAUCGUUAAACCUAACUGAAAAGACCGAGACGCAUGCUGAGUCGUCUGGUGACAAGAAGAGAAAGCAUUCAAAUCUGAGCCAAGCAACCCGCAGCAACAACAAGGGUUUGAACAACAAGAAGCGUGACACUAACCCACCUAGGGAGGCAAAAACCUUCGCAGUUGCAAAUGAGUCUGGAGCUAAGAAAUAUCAGGGCACUCUGCCCAAGUAUAACCGCUGUGGCUUUCACCAUGUGGGAAACUGUCGCGUUGGGAAGUGCGAGAACUGCGGAAAGUCAGGCCACCGUACCGAGGAUUGUUGGGGCAAAGGUAUUGGAGGCCGCAAUGGUAAUGGUAAUAGGAACGGGAAUGGAAACCGUAACGGUGCUGGUAAUGGGAACGAUGGUGGUAAUGGAAAUGGCAAUGAUAACCGGCCUCAACCAUGUAAACCGUUGACCAGAUCAAAUGCUAAUAGUAUGGCGGAGAUGGAAGAUAUUGAUGAUAAUGAAUUAACUGAUAAUCGUAACGAUGACGAUCCAAUGCUUGCUUCGAUGUUUGACUCCCAAUUUGUCAACUUUAUAAAGAGUCUGGAAGGUGGUAUUAGAGAUAGUAUUGUGCAAACAUAUAGUCAUCCAAAGAGCAAUGUCUCGGUUGUGCUUGCAGAAUUGGAACAGAAAAAAGAUGAAAAUGAUCGCGAUUAUAUUAAGCGACUCAAAUUAUUUGUUGAGAAGCAGUGCUCUGAGAUACAGGACCUUCUUAAUAGAAAUGCAACAUUAGCCGAGGACCUAGCAAAUACAGAUGGGGGUGGUUCAGCCGACACUGAACCUAGAUUGAACAAUGGGUCAGAGAGGGUGCAAAUAGCGACACUAAGAAGAGAUCUUCAAGAAGUCUCUCAAUGGUUAGAAAUGCUUAAAACCGAGAAUUCAAAUAUUCAAAACGAGGCGUUAUCUUACAAAAACUUGGCUGAAAAAAUGGAAACGGAUCUAAAAAGUCUCUCGGAUGCGUACAAUAGCCUAGAACAAGCGAAUUAUAGUUUAGAAAUGGAAGUAAGAGUGUUGAAGAGUGGUGAGACAAAUACUUGUAAUUCUAGUCUCAUACCCAAUUGA